AUGAUAUUCGACAACUCUUGGCUAAAGACAGCCGCGGCAACUGGAUGGCUCUCAAUAGCACUGGUUCCAGGCAUCUUGGCCUCUCAGCCGACAGCUCCUGAACCCGUAGAGGCUCCUCUUCGCAAACUACCAUGGGGCCAAUUGAACUUUCUCCAAACUACCGAUUCUCACGGCUGGCAUGGAGGUCAUCUACAAGAGCCUCAAUACUCGGCCGAUUGGGGUGACUACAUCUCAUUCGCCCACCAUCUCCGUCAGAAAGCCGACGAUGACGGCAGCGAUCUCCUUAUUGUAGACACUGGCGACAGGGUGGAAGGUAAUGGUCUUUAUGACGCCUCGAAUCCUAAAGGUAAUUACACGUUCGACAUUUUCAAGCAUCAGCAUAUAGACAUCAUCACCUCGGGCAACCAUGAGCUAUACAAGAAGAACUCUUCCGACAACGAGUUCUAUCACACUGUGCCGAACUUCAAAGAGGGCUACAUCGCUUCGAAUCUGGACAUAUACAAUCCCGAGACUGGAAAACUGCAGCCUCUUGCACAGAGAUUCAGGAAGUUUACCACGAAGAACCAGGGCAUCCGAAUCAUGGCCUUUGGUUUCCUCUUCAACUUUCAGGGCAAUGCGAACAACACCGUCGUGCAACGUGUUCAGGAUACUAUCAAGCAGAAAUGGUUCCAGGACGCAAUCCAUGAAAAAGACAUUGACCUCUUCGUCGUCGCUGGACACGUUCCUGUCUCUGACUCGAAUGAGUCUGAUGCCAUUUACAAGGCCAUCCGUGAGGCAAGAUGGGAUACCCCGAUCGCUUUCUUUGGUGGACACACCCAUAUCAGGGAUUAUCAUAAGUUUGACAAGAUCGCCUAUGGUCUUGAGAGUGGUCGCUAUAUGGAAACUAUCGGUUUCAUGUCCAUCUCUGGUCUCAGUCACGAAAAGGAGAAGGUCUCUGAUGUCGUGCUCUCUUCUACCAUCGAUUUCAAGCGCCGUUAUAUUGACAAUAACUUGUACUCCAUGUACCGUCAUUCUGGCAAGAACGAGACAACCUUCCCCACAGAGGCCGGCCGUAACGUGUCUGUAUCCAUUUCAGCUGCUAGAACUCGGCUGAAUCUCGAUCAUGCAUAUGGCUGCGCUCCGAGAGACUACUGGCUUAACAGAGCUCCUUACCCAUCCGAGUCCAGUAUCUUGACAUGGCUAGAGAAUGAAGUUCUUCCGGACACUGCCGGAAACGUCACCAAAACACCUCAGCUAAUCAUCACCAACACGGGUGCCAUGCGCUUCGACAUCUUCAAGGGUCCUUUCACCAUCGAUACCACGUUCCUCGUGUCGCCCUUUACAAGCGGCUUCCGCAGGCUCAAGAAUGUGCCCUACAAAGCAGCAAAGCAACUUCUGCAACUUCUCAACAACGAAGGCAAGAUUAUGCUCUCAGAAAUGAUGGUAAUGAGUGCCGUCCACAGAGAUCUGGAUCGUCCCAGCCUAUGGGAACUCGCACCUCCAAACCCACCUGUUAGCCCCUGGACACUACAAGAAGUCCAACACGAUUUUGACGAUACACUUGGACGCGACUCCAGUCAAGAAGUUAUGAACGCCGCAGGACGCGGAAAUUCAGAUAAACCACUCUCACCAGGCUACACUACCAAAGACGACGCAGGUAAAGAUGGCGAUGACACGAUCCACGCUCCCAUUCGCUUCUACGACGUCCCCAAUUGCAUCCAAGCAGAAGUCAACCUUCCCAACGACAAGAAAGAUGUCGAGACUGUAGACAUUGUCUACAACGAAUUCAUUGAGAGAUGGAUUCUUCUAGCUUUGAGAUUCCUGGGUGAGGACUUUGGAGUCAAGGAUGCAGAGACUACUUUUGGCGGUAUGAGUUUUACGGAUGUACUUAGUGAGUGGGUGCAUAAGAACUGGGCUUGCUGA